CUUGCGCUCCUGCCAGCGGCGGUCCAGUACGGUCGGAUGGGGGCAGGGUCCAGCGAACAGCGGGAUUCAACGCAGUUUGCAGCAGUCAGUUCCAGGAGGAUGGACGCAGAGAUGUGUAGCGGCUCCGUUCAUUAAACGCGUGCAUUACAGCAAUUGGAGUUAGUGUUAGUACUGCUUCAGAGAGGAGCAGGGAGACGGCGACUCGGUUUUGCUUGAACUUCCCUGAAGAUUCAAAAACACUAGGACAUCUUUUUUUCAGAAGCGCUAGGCUAUUUCUUUAUGGACGUCAUUGCUAAAGCGCUCUUCACGCAGUCAAUGGUGUGUGUGUGAGUAGAGGUGGACGCUGCAGUGGCGCUCUAGGGAUGUGUAAAGACUCUAUCAGUCCUGAAUCUCUGCCACUUUUAGGAGCUGAACUCUGGGCCUCUGUGCAAGAGUGUGUGUCCCGGGCGUGUGUUUGCCAUGGCUCUAGUUCAGGCUCUGCCUGUGCCCACUGAUCAACCAAAGCCCAGUGCUGACAUCCAGCAGUGCUGCUCAGUUUCUCACUCCCCCACUGUAGGUGCGGCAGGCGCCAUGGGUUCUGUCAGCAGCCUCAUCUCUGGACGUUCCUACCAGGAGCGCCACUGCCGAACCGUCAGCGAAUUUGGCGCUAAGUAUCGUAAACCCACACCAGCCACAAGCUGUUUCCGACAGCAAGAGGGCACACUCCGCAGCACCAGUUCACAGGAGCAGCUCCUCAACAACCAGCCUCCUCUACCUGCAAAGAACAAGUCCUCUGCCCUUAUUUCUGCUGGCAAUGGCAACUAUGGCUAUUUGAGUGAUGAGCCAGUGGGGGACUGGAAUGAUAAUCAUGUGACCACGUGUAGCCCAUGCAGCGAUACUGAAGAGCCUCCUGAUAACAGAGGUAUGAAUGGUAACAUCGGAGGCCCUCCGCCCAAGCUCAUCCCUGUGUCUGGCAGGCUAGAGAAGAGUAUGGAGAAGAUACUAAUCCGUCCCACUGCCUUUAAGCCUGUCAUGCCAAAGAAUCGCAAUUCUGUGCAGUAUCUGUCUCCACGCCCAGGGGGCAGUCUGUCUGAAAGCCAGGGCAGUCUCAACCUCUUACUCCCUGGUGGGGGAGCAGGGUUGGGUUGUGCAGAGAAGCGGAACUCGUACAGUGGGGGUCGCAACGCACGGAGUAACCAAUCUGGCACCAUGUCCGACUCAGGCCGCAACUCCCUCUCCAGCCUGCCCACCUACAGCAGCACUGGGUACAGCUUGGCACAGAGUGAAGUACCCUCCAGCCAUAUGGAAACCACACGUUCUAGUGGUGGCCAUGGACACUCCAAUUCUGAUAGUGGUCGAUCAUCCUCAAGUAAGAGCACAGGGUCUUUAAGUGGGCGAGGUCAGCCCCUGUCAGACAACGGAUCAUGUGGGCAGUCCCCUGCUCCAGGGGAAGGAUAUGAAGGUGUCAUUCGUGAACUAGAGGAGAAACUGCGGGAGCGAGACCAGGAGCUGCAACAACUCAGGGAUAACCUGGACGAGAAUGAGGCAGCCAUUUGUCAGGUGUAUGAGGAGAAGCAGAAGCGCUGCGAGCAGGAGAUGGAAGAACUUCGGCAGAGCUGUGCAUCAAAGAUGAAGCAGGUGCAGAUAAAGGCACAACGUGCACAACAGGUUCUGCAGCUGCAGGUGUUUCAGCUGCAGCAGGAGAAGAAGAAACUGCAGGAGGAUUUCUCACAGCUGCUGCAGGAAAGGGAGGCACUGGAGAAGAGGUGUGCCUCUUUUGAGAGAGAACAGACUCAACUAGGUCCCCGUCUAGAGGAAACAAAGUGGGAGGUAUGUCAAAAGUCAGGUGAGAUCUCUCUGUUGAAGCAGCAGCUGAAGGAUAUACAGGCAGAUCUUGGUCAGAAAGCCAGUGAGAUUGUUGCUUUGAAGGCCCAGCUGAGAGAGGGUCGCUCUGAACUGCAAGCCAGCCAGGCUUAUUCGCAAGAAGCUCAUGUCACUGCCCGUACCCGCACACUAGAACUAGAGGUUUGUGAAAAUGAGCUGCAGCGUCGUAAGAGUGAAGCAGAACUCCUGCGAGAGAAGUUGGGCCGUUUGGAGGAAGAGUCCCUUCGUCUCAAAGAGGCCAUGGCAGUGCCCACAUCCCAAGCUCCACCUUCUAAAGGCCAAUGCAUGAGCUUGCCCCUGCCUCAAAGCCGUGCGGGGAUUGUUCACGGGAUCAGCCCUGCUUUCUGGGACAGCAGCAGCAAAGAACAUCUUGCGUAUGAAAGCGAUGAAGCGAAGGUGCAACGACAGAGCGUGCUUCAUGGUCUCCGUCAGCAGGUGGAGCGAAUGCGAGCGGAGUUGAUGUACGAGAGGAGGCGGAGCGAGGACCAGCUAGAGGCUUUUGAGGAUGAGCGCAGGGUGUGGCAGGAGGAGAAAGACAAGGUAAUCCGUUACCAGAAGCAGCUGCAACAGAACUACAUCCAGAUGUACCGGCGAAACCGUGACCUAGAGCGUGUGAUGAGGGAGCUUAGUCUGGAGCUAGAGAACAGGGACAUGGAGGAGUUUGACAUGCGAAGCAACGAGAUCCACUUUGAGGAGAUCACUGCCACAGAAAUAUAGGCCACAUCUCACUCUCUGCAAUCAACCCCUUUGAUUCGUCCCAAAAUUUCCUCCACUGUGGUUGUGUGAGGAGCACCAGUCAUCACAGCAAUACAAUGUGGCAUGCGUCUUUACACUAUUUCAGAAAUGCACUACAUGGCCAACAGUUUGUGGACACCCCUUUCUAAUUAACGGUUUCGGCCCCCAAAUUCCAGACAAACCUUAAUACUAUGGCGUACAAUGAUAUUGUAGAGAAUUGUGUGCCUCCAACUUUGUGGUAACAGUUUGGAGAGAGUCCUUUUUUUGUUCCAGCAUGACAAUGCCCCUGUGCACAAAUCAUGGGUCCAUGAAGAAUUUGUCUUCUGGGUCUGGUGUAGAAGAACUGGACUGGUCUACACAAAGCCCAGACCUAAUCCCCACUGAACACCUUUGGGAUGAAUUGGAUGUUGAAAUCCUCCAAAAUCAGUGCCUCACCUCACUGAUGUGCAUUUCUGAAUAGGAGCAAAUCCCUGUAGCCAUAUUCCAACAUCUGCAAGUCAUGUUCCAAACGUAAGCCUUCCCAGAAGAGUGGGAGCUGUUAAGGAGGACCAUCUCCCUAUUAAUGCCAAUGGUUUUGAAAUUAAAAGCCCAAGAAGCACAUAUAGGUGUGGUGUUUAAGUGUCAACAUACUUUUGGCCAUAUAGUGUACUUCACACAAGGCAAGUUAUUGUUGUGGUGUCAGCAGAGGCAAAUAAAAUAUGGAAGCGAUAUUUAGACGAUCUUUAUGAUCCCUUCCUUACACUGCCUCGGAAACCUGUGAGUGGUUUCAAUUGAAUGUACAAUGACUCUGAACAGUGGUUCAUCGAUGUCACCAGUGACGAACCCCUAUGUGCGAUCUGCAGACAAACCCCUUUAUUACAACUUUUCAUUACUUCAUUUUAAUAACGUGUGCACGAUCAGAAACCCAUAUGACUGUCCCAGCAAAGAAACAUACUGAAAUGUUAAUGAGAUUGGAAAACUGAUGAGAGAUACAGCAUGUCAGCUAAGAGUUUCAUGGAUUCAUGCAGAAUCUGCAUGCUCUCAUAUCACAAAGGACAGAGCACAUUGCUUGGCUCCCCUGUUGUACUAGCACUAAAACUAAUGGGAAAUACUUGCAUCAAAUAUUUGAUCACUGAAAUGGCAGUUUUGUUGCAUUGAUUCUUGAUGAUCUAGUUUUUAUGCUGGUGUUUAGAGUGUUCAGUAAAAUUGUGCCAUUUCUUCUCAGUCAUUUACAGCACUAUGCAGCAAGAAAUCUCACAGCCUCACUGCUAAAACUACAUUUGAUACUAAUCACUCAUGUAGAGGUGUUAUUUUUAUAAUUAGAUUAUAUUAGCAAAUAUAACUAGAAAUAUUGAGUCAAAAUAUAUUUUUUCUUUCCUAGUGAUCUUUUAAGUAUUGCCAUGCACACUUUACAGAGUGAAUUGCAUGUGUGCAUGAUACCAUAGCAUUUCUGUUGCCAGACAGACAGCCAAGUUAUGGCAUCACACAGGUUACUUUGGGCUGUGUUUUAAUCAGUGGUUUCUCCACCCAUAGUGGGUGGGGCAAUUCUGCUCAGUUAUGACAUAGUUAAUGAAUGCAUAGAUAUUAUAUCAUUUUAGAUUUGCCUACAAUUUGAAGAAUACUAAUCAAAUAUUUGUGGUCUUUUUGUAAAAAAAUAAAUAAAAAGGGAUAUAUACACUGUAGCCGCUUUUUCACCAUAGGGCUGAACGUUUCCAGUUGCGAAACCGUUCUGAUCCGGGCCAGUUGGCAUGGUCACGGUUUCUUUUUCCAUUGUGGUGCUUCAAUGUAUGUAACAAACACAUCAGAUAGUGACUGCGUGAGAGGUACAAAUUAAUUAACUUGCCGUUGGCAAAUUGACCAUUGUGAGUCACCACAUACUAAAGCCAUUCCACCAGCACGGUAAGCUAUCCGGCCCAAGAACGGUUUACAAUCGUGCGGUGCGAAACUGUGCUCAAGUGGAAAUGCUACUGGAUCCGUUCUUCACUAGGCUCAGAACCAUUCCGCCCGAUGGUGGAAAAGCAGCUUAUGUAAACUUUUUUGUUUUUACAAAACAGAUUCUUUAAAACAAAAAAGAGGAAGAAUUAACUGUAUAUUAUGUAUAUUUUUAUAUAUAGCACCUCAAGCUAUUUUGUGGUAACACAGGUAACUUAUCUGUAUUGCAUAUUUCUCACACUGUUAUCCAGAAGGAUCAUUUGCCAUCAGCAGUUCAUGGGGAAAUCUGACAGUAGUUACAACAGUAAGAGCUUUCAUAUUUUCAUAUUAUUGCAUCUUCAGCACUGGUAUUUAACUUGCCUGUUGACAAUACAGAACAUCAUUACCAAUGACGAUUGUAUAGCCUUUUGAAGAAAGGUGCCCUGAACAUUGCCUGACAACAGUGCAACGUUCUGGACAGCUUGGUCCAAUGUGUGAUUUCUUUGACAUUAGGAAAGAUAGAUGAAAUGGCAAAAAAUAUAUACAGUAUAUAAUGGGCAACACUAAAUCACAAUUUAACCACCUCAACCAAAGAAAAUGUGUUAUAACUUUUCAAGACCCCUCACAAACAUUUUUGUUUAACUUUCCAAUUCAACGAAAACACAGAACGUUCACACAUUCUAUAUUUAGUGCUUCCCUUAUAUAUACAGUGUAUAUAUAUACAUAUAUAUAUCCCAAAAGCAUCGUAAGCCUAGCAGAUCGUAGAAGCCAUUGCCGCCGAUGGUCUCUACGAUCAUCUUAAGCUUGCAACGCUUUUAGAAAAUGCAGCCCUGGUCUGGUACUGCUUUUGGUCAUAUCUCACAUUUAUAGCACAGACUUGUUAUGGGUCUACAAAAAGAGCACUCUCCCUUGGACAGUACUCAAUCCCUCCUGUUAUCAGUCAGUCAUACCCUCGAUGCAAAUAUACAUGUAAAUAUUCCUCAUAUUGUAAUAUUAUUGACAUAUUCAAUAUAUUUGUUUUUACACACACAAAUGAUCUAUUUUGGAGUUGUAACCACUGUGAAUAGACCAAAGCAAAUUAACAUUUAAUCUUGUUUUCCCCUUAUGUAUGUGCUUGUGUAUGCUUUCUUUGUCAAUCUAUAGUGUUUUUAGUCAUGUAUGUAUAUUUUCAUGCUGUACAUUUCUUGUAAAAAUGUGUUUUUAAUUAAAGAAAAUAAGUCAUCUCA